UGCUCGCUGCUAAAUCUACCAACUUAUCUGCCUAUCACCGGAGGAAUUUCUCGCUUGUUAGAAGUAGAAAUUGGUCUUUAGCCAUUUAUCAAAAGAUAAUACAUUUUAGAAAUCUUUGAAAAAUGCAGUGCACACUACGUAAUACCAUCGCGACAGUUAUUAAGACGCCUUUGCGUACGAAUGGCGCUAUAUUGGGCGCGCUAAAUGGCCGCUUCUACUCGAGCACGCAUGAGGCUGAUUUAGUGGUGAUCGGUUCUGGCCCAGGCGGUUAUGUGGCUGCUAUCAAGGCCGCCCAGUUGGGCUUGAAAACCGUGAGCGUUGAGAAAAAUCCCACUCUGGGUGGUACCUGCCUUAAUGUCGGUUGCAUUCCCUCGAAAGCAUUGUUAAACAAUUCGCAUUACUAUCACUUGGCCCACUCUGGUGAUUUGGCCAAUCGUGGCAUAAAUUGUGGCAGUGUUUCUUUGGAUUUGGACAAGCUCAUGCAGCAAAAAGUGAACGCUGUCAAGGCGCUUACUGGUGGCAUUGCGCAAUUGUUCAAGAAGAACAAGGUGACUCAGCUGACCGGGCUUGGUAGUAUAGUCAAUCCAAAUGAGGUGCAAGUGACAAAAGAUGAUGGCAGCAUCGAGACUGUAAAAACGCAAAACAUUAUGAUUGCCACUGGCAGUGAAGUUACGCCAUUCCCUGGUAUUGAGAUCGACGAGGACGUCAUCGUUUCAAGCACAGGUGCCCUCUCACUCAAGCAGGUUCCCCAGAAGAUGGUGGUCAUUGGUGCAGGCGUUAUCGGUCUGGAAUUGGGCUCUGUAUGGUCACGUUUAGGUGCUGAAGUAACUGCUGUGGAAUUCAUGGAUACCAUCGGCGGUGCUGGUAUUGACACUGAAGUAUCAAAGACUUUCCAGAAAGUGCUUGUCAAACAAGGCUUGAAAUUCUUGUUGGGCACUAAAGUUAUGGCAGCAACACGCAGUGGUAACGAAGUGACUGUCUCCGUUGAAAACGCAAAGUCCGGUGAGAAGCAAGACAUAUCUUGCGAUGCGUUGUUGGUGAGCGUUGGCCGUCGUCCAUAUACCGAAGGUCUUGGCCUAGACGCGGUCGGUAUCGUGAAAGAUGACAAGGGACGUAUCCCAGUGAAUGCCAAUUUCCAAACCAUUGUACCUAACAUUUAUGCCAUCGGCGAUUGCAUUCAUGGCCCUAUGUUGGCACACAAGGCCGAAGAUGAGGGCAUUAUUUGUGUAGAGGGCAUUCUUGGUGGUCAUGUGCACAUCGAUUACAAUUGUGUGCCCAGUGUAGUGUACACACAUCCCGAAGUCGCGUGGGUGGGUAAAUCUGAGGAGCAACUGAAGCAAGAAGGCGUCGAAUAUAAAGUUGGUAAAUUCCCAUUUUUGGCUAACUCGCGCGCUAAGACCAAUAACGAGACAGAUGGUUUCGUUAAGGUGUUGGCAGAUAAGUCUACCGAUCGCGUUUUAGGUACACACAUCAUUGGACCCAAUGCCGGUGAACUGAUCAACGAAGCUGUGUUGGCGAUGGAAUAUGGUGCUGCUGCUGAAGACGUUGCUCGAGUUUGCCAUGCACAUCCAACCUGCGCCGAAGCUCUGAGAGAAGCGAAUGUUGCGGCCGCCUUUGGCAAGCCCAUCAACUUUUAAUCAUAGUCAGUGCUAAGUUAGCGAAGCAAUAAUCAUCACUUAAUAAUUUUACAUUUAGCUAAACACACUCUGCCUUUAAUUUCGUCUAAAUUUAUUUAUGAAUUAUGAUAAAAAGUCGCAAAAAAUUGUGAUUUCUCUGCGUUGUAGGUGUUGUCUCAAAGAGCCUUUCAUCUCUUGCAAUGUACAUCAUCUUUGCACACUUGCGGAUUUAUGGCUGCCCUGGGUGAAAUAGGAGUUUAACUAAUUACUAAUCCUUUACGAAGGAGAUCAUUUAAUGGAUGUACACAAAUGUAAUAUUUAACGGAAAAUGCGAAACAGUUGCGAAACUUAACGGUUUUAGUAUAGAAAAGGAUAAAUUUUAAAAUAAAAAAAAUCGAGUAUUUUGUGCGAGAAUAAA